UAUGUGGGUAGAAAUUUCUAAAAAUUUCCCAAAUAAAGGGCCUAAACAAUGUGAACGGCGUUACAAUACUAUAAACAAACGCAAUAAAAAAGAACUCGAGAAAGAGUUAUAGUCGGACGAGGCCGACCGACUGUUACAAAAAUAAUAUAUGAUUUAGUUUUCAUAAGCAUUUAAGUUGAAUUGUACUUCAAAUGGGUCAAAUGAGGCCCUAUAAUUAUAGAUUCCAUGAGGGUUAUCAAGACUAGUACAGAACUUGGGGGCUAGGUGAAAUAGUGGACCGAUGUUAACCAUCUUCAAUAGGGUUCUUCUACGAUAUCAUAGAUCAUGUGAAUUAUCUCCAAAAUUGCGAACUGCAGUUUGAUUACAAGGUUUACAAGUUCUAUUCGGAGGUUUAGUUGUAUAAGGGCGAGGAUACCUGUAGUUUGAUUUAGGUGGGUUAUUAUUGUGCGCAUAAACCCUCCCCACUAAACAGGGUUUAUAAGUUGUUUACAUAGAACGUGUGAAAACAAUGGAACGGUACAUCAUAAACAAGAAAAAAGAAGAAAAAAGAAGAGAAAAAAACUAGAGUAAAGAAAAGUUUGAACAUAAAGGAGAUCAUGCUGCAGAAAGCAUAAGGAAGAAGCAAAAAAAAAAAAGACGGAAUAAAUAUAAAUUAUAUUAAAUAUUUGCCAAAUUUAUUACAACCAAUUGUGAAUAGUUCAACAAAUAAAUUAUAAAGUUUAUUAAAAAGAAAUUUAACCAAAACGUACCUUUUAGUUCUUUCUGAACUAUGCAAAGAAUAUUAAAUAAAAAAAAUUCGGAAAAUCUUAUAUUGAACAAUGAAUUAUUGUAUUUAAAUUACUUUAAAAUCUUUUAGAGACAUACAAAUAUAUAUAGUAUACUUAAAUCGAAAAUUAAAAAAAAAUUAAAAUUAUUCGAGAUUAAUCGAGUUUUAAUACUAUGAAUGAGAAAGAAAAAUGUGAAUGCAUUAUCAGUUGCAUUGUAUUCAAUACUUUGAUGAAUUACCACAUUUGAUAUGUUGCAAAUGUGUAAAUUUGGUUUUAAGUGCUUAUAAAUUAAAAGAAAGAUGUGAAAAAUCCCAAAGAACUUUAAUAACAUUGCUUGAUAAUCCACUAAAAGGUAUAUGUUUAAAUAAAAAUACACAAGAAAAAGGCAGCCAAACACAAUUACUUGCUGAAAAUAUGCCUUCAAUUAGUUCAAUAAAUUGUCGCUAUUGCUUACGUUCUUUUCAAAGUAUUGAGGACUUAAAAACCCACUUGAAUGUCUUUCAUCCUGAAUCAGAUUGUAAAAAUUUUAAUGAAUGUCAUAUUUGCAAACGCCAGUUUACCAGGGCAGCCCAUUUAAUAAGACAUAUACAAAGUAAACAUAAAUUUUUCAAAGUAGAAAUCAAAUCAUUGAAUGAACAGGAAGUUUCAGCUAUAUCUUUAGAAGAGGAAACAAAUAUCACAGAGAAAGUUACUAACGAAAGUAUACAAGAAUGUGAAAUAUUAAAAUUAAUAAAAGUGGAUGAUGUUGGACAUUUAACAGAUGAUGAAAGUGAAAUACCUUUAAAGUUGUUGUUAGAAUCUUUAAAUACUAGCGAAAUAACAGAAGAUUCACAAAAUUCUAUUGAAAUAGAAGAAACCAAUAUUGCAGAAGAUGAUACACCGCCAGUUAAACGUAACAGAGGUAGAAUAACAAAACAAUCGAAAACAGAAGAUGUUUCUGAUAACAUUUUACAAGAGAAUGAGUAUGAUUCUAUUGAAAUUCUAAAAGAAACUAAACGUGGCCCUGGCAGACCAUCAAAAAAUGCUUUAAAUUGCAAAUAUUGCUCGGAAUACUGUAAAACUGCUAAAAUAUUACAACAACAUAUUGCAGAAAAUCAUAUUACAACACUGAAUUUUUCUUGUAAAAUCUGUAAUGAAAAUUUUUCUGCCAAAAAAGAUUUAAUUUAUCAUUUAUCCAAUUAUCACCAAAAAACUCGUCGUCUAACAAGUUUUAUGAGUAAAAAGAAAAAUAUGCAAAAUUUAUUUUAUUGUACAAAAUGUGAUAAGAAUUUUAGCACUAAGAACUCUUUACAAAGACACCAAGAGAACCACGAUAAAAAACGUUACGUUUGCAAAGAAUGUCUACAGGAUUUUCCCAAUAAGGAAGAGUUAAAUGCGCAUACUAAGGCAGAAGGACAUGAUAAACCCUUACUGUGUCCAGAAUGUGGUUUACGUUGUAAAAGUAGUAAUAUCUUGACAGUACAUUUGAGACGGCAUAAUGGUGAGAAACCAUUUAAGUGUAAAUUUUGUAGUAAAGGAUUUCCACGCAUGGAUGAUUUGAAAAUACAUGAAAAAUACCACACUGGUGAAAAGUCACACUUUUGUGAGACUUGCGGUAAGGGAUUCUUUCGUAAAUAUAAUCUACGUAUACAUCUACGUGUCCAUACUGGUGAGAAACCUCACAAAUGUCCCCACUGCCCGCAGGCCUUUGCCCAAAGUAAUGAUUUAAAGGCUCAUAUACGCCGUCAUACAGGUGAACGUUUUCGUUGUGAAGUAUGUAAUGCAGGAUUUUUACAAGGUUAUCAAAUACGUCAACAUAAAUUGCAAGAGCAUGGCAUACAUGAAAUUCCUCCCACACAAAGAUUGCAGAAAUUUACUUCUGCCCAAGAACAGGAGAAACAAAUAAAACAAAACUUACAGACGGCUUUGGAUUAAGUUGGAUUUGAAAAUGAAGGUAAUUUGUUAUUCUGUUGCAAUAAAGUUGUAAUUAUUAGUUUUUUGGCUAACUUGGCGACUCUUGGUAAAAUUAAGUUCAAAUACAAAAUAAAAAAUACCGUAAUGCUUCC